AUGCAGGAACAGGGUCCAGAUUUUAAAUCUCGUAUGUCAGCUUUCGUUAUCGCCGAAGCCUUGCUGAAACUCUACCAGAAGAAGAAGCUGUUCCCCUCCGGCAUGGAGUCCUCCAACCCUUUGGCCCAGAAAUGGGCGAUCAAGGAUCUCUCAGAUGGUGGAGAGUCCCAGGAAUCCUCGUCGUCCUCGGGUGCCUUGGAGGACCUCAUGAAGCUGACCCAGCAGAAGCCGGUUGAGGCCGAAACCAAGGUUUCGCAGGAUCGUUUGAAGUUCAUGAAGGAGAAGAAGGCCGAGGGUUACAGUAUGGAAAAAAUCAAUCGUGCUUGGAUCAAGAAGCUGAGGGAUGAGGAGGAUAAUGAAGCAGUUCAGGAUGAGCCGUUCUACCCUUCCUCCCAGUACAAGCCGAAGAAGAAGAAGGGCUCGAAGAAGGACUCGAAGACCCCCGAGAAGAAGAAGCCCGAAGAGAAAAAAAAGAAGACCAGCAAAGCAAAGCCACCGGUUGAAUCGUCCACGUAUCAACCUGGAACCUUUAAAGAUGCUCGCAAUGCUUUUAUGCAGAAGAAGAGGGCCAAAGGUUUCACGCACCUCGAGGCCUGUAAGGCAUGGAUGCUGUCCAAUCGUCGAGCUAACAUGCUCUCGGACCUCCCGGAGAACGUGGCAGCUACAGCAGCUGCCGUGGAGCCCAUGGGCAAGGCUGUGCAUGCAGAUGGUAUGCCUCCCGUGGUUCUGCCGAAGCCUGCAGAGCUCGUGAAUCCCGGGUGCAGAGCAGAGCGAGAGCGAGGCCUCGAUCACCUCGAGUACGCUGAGACGGCAGUUUCAGCAGAUGAGGCAGCAGAUCGAGAAGGAGGAGCAGGCUGUGCAGGCCGAGGGAUCGAGGCGAUCACGAUCGAGAUCGGGGCGAUCGAGAUCGAGGCGAUCGAGAUCGGGGCGAUCGAGAUCGAGGCGAUCGAGAUCAAGGCGAUCGAGAUCAAGGCGAUCGAGAUCGAGGCGAUCGAGAUCAAGGCGAUCGAGAUCGAGGCGGCGAUCGAGAUCGAGGCGGCGAUCGAGAUCAAGGCGGCGAUCGAGAUCGAGGCGAUCCCGGAGGCGAUCGAGAUCGAGGCGAUCCCGGAGGCGAUCGAGAUCGAGGAGGAGGAGGAGGGUACGUAUCAGAGCCGUGUACACUAUUGCAAGUUAAUUGAAAAAGAUUGGUCGAUGCGAGCUGGUCGUGGUGAGGAUCUCAGCGAAGGUGAUAUCAUCAUGUGCAAGCUGAUCAAUUGGUGCAGGGGCCUGACCCUAGAUAGCGAUGCCGAGGCUAAGUUUUGCCUCGAGCCGCCAAAGAAGGAGCCGAAGCUGUGGAAAGGUGCUUCGAAGCUGACACCUCCUAGGAGGGUCCGAGAAAAGUCAACUCCGGCGGGGAGCUCGGGGAUCAAGCGAUCUGCUGUAGAUCGUGACGGUGCAUGGGUAUAUGAAGGGCAUGUUCAUGAGAAUCAAAAGAAGAAGAACAAGAAGCAAAAGCAACCCAAGGAGGAGGAGAAAGAGGAGGAGCAUGAUGCAGUGCCAGCAACAAGCAACAAAAAGACCAAGAAGGCAAAGAAGGAGAAAGCAAAGGAAAAUAAGGCUGCAAAGGUUUCCAUUGAUCAAAUGGACACCCAGGAGUGGGAUGCCGAGGAUACGGUGCCAGGGGCACAGGAUCUCGAAUGGGAUGAUGAGGUGCAGGCCGAAUGGGAGGCAUGGCGAGAGGAAUGCAGGCUCAUCAAGAUCAGUCAGCAGGAGGAAGACGAAGGCGAGGUCGAUGGAGAGGCUUGGGAUCCGGAGGACUUCAUUCCUGAGAGCGACUGGUAUCACAUGGUGGUACCUUCAAGUAAGUUGCCACUGUGGGGAGGGUUGAGAAGUGAUUAUGAGUCUUCGCACUCGUCUGAUCAGCUCGAGGAGGUGCCGGAGAAAGUCGCCAAAGAUCCCGUACCGUCAACCGCGAAGGAGGUGCCGGAGAAAGUCGCCGAAGAUCCCGUACCGUCAACCGCGAUGGUCCUGCAUGAAAAGAAGGAUGAGAAGAUCACUUCGGCCACGCACCGCUCAAGCUGGAACAAGCUGUCGCAGCUUGCGGAGAGCGGCGAGUUCCCAUGCCUGGCUUCGGUGUGGUCUACUGCCGAUAGAAAGAAAAAGAACGAGCUACUUCGGAAGUAUGUGCUCUCCAAAGACCCCAAUCAGGUCGAAAGCGAGCUGCAAGUCACGAGUACCCAAGGCACUGGUAGCAGAAAGGUCAGGGUGUGCUUGACCCUCCGCCAGAUGAGAAAGAAGCCGUACUUCUUCCCCAAGGAGAAGUGUGAGUGGAUCGCACAGAACAGAAAAGGCAUCGAGGACGAAGACUUUCCAGGUGGUCCACUAAAGUAUUGGGUCAAUGUCAUGAUGGAAGCCGAAGACUACAAGAAGAACCAGUCCGAAGUCCGAUCCCGCUCCAAUAUGGACAUUCAGGAGGCGAUGCAGGUCCACCUCGCGAACAAGCCUGCUUUCGGCAAGAAGUCUGAUCGCACAGAGACGGUCGAUGAUGACGAUGACAGCGACGAAAAGCAGAAGCCCGAUGCUUUCGAGAAAGCCACAGCAGACAUGCGGUCCGCAUUCCAGAAGGGAUUUCCGUCGAGACCUCUUCGAGAUGAUGAGCUUUUCGCAAAAGCCAAAAAGGCGAAGAUGGCGAUCCCCUGCUUGGCUCAGUAUGUCGUCACGCCUGUGCAUGUGCAUGCUGGGCAGAUCGAGUACCAGUCCUGGCCAUAUAUAAGUCCGAUAGAGUGGUUGGAAAAGUUGAUGAUGGACCAUCGAGAUGCCUUAGUACCAAGCCCCAGUGAGAUAAAGGAUUUCUGGAAAACGUGGCUCAAAGACCACCCCCUCGACGAAUUCCACGACGACAGCUGGCCGCUGGAGAGAAUCAUACCGCUACAAUUGUGGGGGGAUGAGGGUACCCUGAGGUCUAACUCUUGGCUCCUGGUGACUUUGCAAUCAGCCCUUGGCCCUCCUGAUGUGCGAAGUCUGUCACAGGCGAGCAGGUACCCUCUUUUCUCUUUCCCCGUGGAAGGUUAUGUGAAAGAUCCCGACACCAAUGUCAACAUGUCGCUGGACAUGUUGUUGGAAAAAAUUUCCUCGGACUUCAACAAGCUGCUUAGCGAGGGCUUCACAACGAAGCAUGGACAUUUUUUUGCCAGGCUAGUAACGCUGAAGGGCGACUGGAAAUGGCUAGUGCAGGCACUGAACCUGGUUAGAUCGCCGAGCUCCGACAUGAUAUGCCCAUUUUGUCAUGCCGGGAAAACGCACAUGCUCUUCACGAAUGUCCGAGAGGAUGCCCCGUGGGCAAACACACUUUUCUCUUCUGCACCUUGGCAGGUGUUCCCUAGUAUAAUGCGGAUCAAGUAUUUUCGCCUGGAGAUGGUUGUCUUCGACCUGAUGCACGUUUGGCAUUUGGGGUGUGGCAGAGAUAUCGCCGGCACGUGCAUUAAGGAGCUCACGAAAGCCAAAAUUUUUGUUGGUAGCAAGAUCGGUGAGAGGCUCCAAUCGGCAUAUCAAUCCUUGAGAUCCUGGGCUCGAGAACACAACAAAACAUUGGCCAUCAAAAGGUUUACGAAGGAGAAUGUGCAUUGGUACAGCGAUGCCUGCCCCGGAAUCCACUGCAAAGCUUCGGACACAGCUGUCAUCAUGGCAUGGUUGGCAUGGCUUUUCCAGAACUUGAAUCAUGACUUGGUGUGGCCACUACCUGAAUUGCGAGAGAUUGUGCAACAUGCCGAGACCUGUAUAGGUACCAUGGUGCGAGCGGGUAGGUAUUUCACCCACAACGAGUGGGUCGACGUCGUAUCCUCGGGUCACUUGUUGGUUAAGCAGUGGUUUCGCUUGGCCAAGCAGGGUGUGGACAGGUCGCUUGUCUUUUUAGCAAAGGUAAGGCCGAAGGGGCAUGCCUUGCAACACAUGAUCCAGUUUCUUGAGCUGUCGGAGUCUCGCGAGAACCCGGCCUUUUACAGCUGCUGGAUGGACGAGGACUACGUGAAGAAGUUCCUGCGAGUCCAAAGAGUCUUGCACUACGGUAGCUGCAGUCUCACCAUUUUGCAGAGAAGUCUCAUCAACUGCAAGACCGCUUUCGAGGAGCUAGGGCAUGGCCUCUUUGGGUCUUGCGUGGACCGCCGGGAUUUUUACCAUCAGGCCUGUAUUUCAGAGCCUCGGGCCCGCUCGAAUGCGAUUGGGCCGGUUUUCUGCCUGAAGGAUUUUUACGGUGCGCAGGCCCUCGUUGACUUUCUGGCCCAGGCCGACAGGAACUUUGCAACUCGGCCCGGAGCGGACCGACUUUCUGCUCCAGCCUUUCGCCCCUCAUCGGUUCUAGCCUCUGCUGCAUUGCCUGUGCACGGGACCUUCCGCAGCUUGCUUCAAGGUGACCAUGCCGGUGUCGAGUUUGCUUGUUCCGGGCACGAGGGUCUUUUAAGGUCGUGGGGCGUGCUCGGGGAUCCGCCUGAGGGCAGGCUUCUGAACCGUUGUCCGGUCUCUCGUGAGGGGCCCUGGUCUGGGCUCAUAAUUGACGACCUCUUUUCAAUUUCUUGCGAGAGGGUCGACGGCCCUGGGGCUUACGAUGCGGGUGGUCCCUCCGCCGGUGAGGCCUUGGUGCGCAAGGCUAAGGAGGCAUAUGCUGCUGAGCAGGUCCCCGGCUCCGAUCAGAAGGACCUCUUCUCAGAGCGAGUUUUCACUGUUGCUGGUGCCCAGGUAGACAGUUCUUCCGAAACCGUCAGGGCCGGGCUCACUCUUGUGGGGUUGCCGGCCCCGCGCCGCCUUGCGCUCGCCCAGGCUUCGCUGCUCGUUGCCUCUGGCAGGCAUGUGUCUGAGGAGCUUGCCUCCAUUUUGGCAGGGUCAUGGGUCACUGCUCUCCUGUACCGUCGGCCUCUCAUGGCUGCCAUCGGAUCUUGUGCUCCUUGCUUGCCGGCGCCUGCUAUGGUCUCGAACGUUUCGGCUCCGGUUAGUGAUGUGGUCGGUUGCUCGGACUCCUCGUCCUCCCGUGGUGCUGUGUGCACGGCUGCUGUGCGGCCCGCUGUUGUCGAGCACCUCUGGCUGUCUGCUGACCAGAAGGGCUGGUACACCAAGCUCGCCCAGGACCCACCUUGUGAUCCCGACCCACCUUGUGAUCCCGACCCGGUCUUGGAUGCCCCUAGCCCGGAGAGGCCCAUAGCAGGCAGGUACGACUUCCUCGAGGUGCGCUGUGGCGGUGGCUGGCUUUCUGGUGACCUUUCUGGAGCGCUGCAGGUCGGCCCCGUUGUGGAUUUCCGGGCCUCGCCCUUCCUACUCCCGCUUGAGAAUGCCAUCCUCAAUGCGUCACUUUGCGUCCUCCUUGUGGCGCUUCGCUGUGGUGCCUUUGCUUUCCUCCUCCACCCUUUGCAGCCACCCUUGGAGCCUGUGACGCUUUCGGCGCUCGGACUUCCCCUUGCUGUUGUCCUGGUUGCUGCCCCGAAUGCCCAUGAGAUCGCGUUUUCCAUCUCCUCUCUCGCUGCGACCAGUCCCUCCGACGUCCUCCCUUUGCGGGUUCGUGCUGGCUUUGCAGCUCUUGUCGCUGACCUGCUGUCUGUGAGCAGAUCUUCUGUAGCCCCUAGGGCAGGCCUUGAAGGCCUCCUGUUCAAUGACGUCAUGGUUGCUUCCCGCUGGCAGGUGACUCACUCCUGGCCUUGGCGUGGGAGCGAGCACAUCAACGUGCAUGAGAGCAAGGCCUUCCUGUGUGCCCUUAGGGCUCGUGCCGCUCCAGGCACAGACUGCCGGUUUGUGCACGGCCUGGAUUCCUUUGUUUCCUUGGGUGCUUUGACCAAGGGGCGGACCUCCUCUAGGAAGCUCCUCCCUAUCGUCAAGAAGUCAGGCGCGAUCCAGGUCGCAUUUGGCCUGUAUGCAGGCCUGCACUUCUGCCCCACUCGGCACAAUUCCUCGGACGAUCCGACCAGAGAGGUCGACCUCAGGGCCCCCGUGCCGUCUUCGAUUUCCUCUUCCUUGGCGGCCUCCGACCUCUACCAUGCCAGUUGCCUCGUUGGACUUUCUCGUGCCUCCUCUGGCUGGCUGCGGCUGUCGCUUCUCCUCGUUGGCUCCUGCCCUGGUGCUUGCUGCGGUUCCCUAGUUAGGGCCCUCACCUCUAGGUUUAGGGAUGCCUUGCCCAACCGUGCACCCGCGGCCCCGAGCUCGGUGCCCUACCAGGCGCUCACCUUGCAAGACUUUGACAGUACCCUUGGCUUUCCUGGCGAGGGGCCGGUGAAUCUGUUAUUUGAUGGAGGGCGGCUUGGACCUCGGGACCGGCGCGACGCUGGCCGAGCUGAGGCGCGCCGUGGCGUUGUUCUCGGCGAAGGCAGGCCAGUCUUGGAGAGGACCUCGAAGAACCGACAGCAGCUCAUUGAGUCCUACAGUGCCUGGCUUUCCUCGAAUGGGCUUUCUUUGGAAGAGCUGCUGAACCACCGGCCGCUGGAUCCCGAGGUUGUUUCUUGGUGGUUGGUCAGCUACGGCCGCCAACUUUUCGAGGCGGGCAGGCCAUACUGGCAUUACUCCGAGACCAUCAACGGCGUCGCUGCUCUGCGGCCCGUCCUGCGCCGCUCCUUGCAAGCUGCAUGGGACCUAGCUUUCAGCUGGAUGGCAAAGGAGCCGAGCACUCAUCAUGUCGCGAUGCCUCCGGUGAUUCUCCUUGCCCUCCUCAGCACAUGUUUGUACUGGGGCUGGGAAAGGGAGGCAGGGCUUUUCUCGCUAAGUUGGGGCGGACUGCUCAGGAUUGGUGAGGCAACCUCUGCUUUGAGAAAGGACUUGGUGCUUCCGGCAGACGUCCUUUUUUCUCAGCAACACCUUCUUAUUCGGAUCGAAGAACCCAAGACCCGAAUGAGAAUGGCCAGGCACCAGUCUGCACGUGUGGAACAACAGGACCUCAUUGACGUGAUUGCCCUGGCUUUUUCUUCACUGGAGAGCGGCUCCCGGCUUUGGGCCCGAUCGCCUCAGACUCUUCGGCGCCGCUUUGACCUGGCCUUGGAAAGGAUUGGCCUGCCCACGAGCAGGCAGCAUCAACGACCUCUUGACCUGGGUUCUUUCCGGCCGGGCGGCGCGACUUUUCUGAUGACUACAACGGAGGACAGCGAGUUGGUUCGCAGACGUGGGCGCUGGGCCUCCCAACGCGUUAUGGAGAUAUACAUCCAGGAGGUCCAGGCAAGCUUAUACUAUUCUUCCUUACCUUUGGAGCUUCGCCAGCGCAUUAUGCACCUGGCACAGGCCUUCACGGGUAUCCUGAAGCAGGUCAGGAUCUGGAAAGCUCUGGGCGUGCCAGCUUCCUCCUGGUUUGCAAUGUUUUCUGCCGGCGAGCGGCCUAUCACUGGCCUAGACAAUGGUGGGAGUUUCGGGAAACGAUCUGCCGCGGAAUAG